UUGUGUUUACAUUGCAAUAGUUUACAUUUUUCUUAAAGAAUAAAUAAAUAUUAUAUCACUUAUAAUUAUAUUAUUUAUUAAUAUAUUAUAAGUAGAAAAGUUUUGCAAAAUCGAUGUAACAAUGAAUGAUUCAACAGAGUUACUCAUUGAGCCUCCAUCUAUUUGGCCUGAUAUCAAAUUAGAAUUGCGAGAAUAUAUUGAAUGCCCGGAACAAUUACCCAUACAUCAGCUGGACGAUGCCCAGUGUUACUGGUCUCGCAAAGCAGAUAUUUCUUCACUAUUACAGUUUGAUUUGGCUCCAAUUGGCACUACAUUGAAAUUUGACCGUGAUCCAGUAACAGGCAAGAUUGGUGAGAUGCAAGAGAUUAUCUUGCAAGGUGCAGGGGAAACUGUAAGAAAUUCCAUGUCUAUGACUCGUGCACCAGCACCAUUUGCGGAUGGAGUUCGAGGCAAUCCUAGUAAUGUCCUAUUUUGGCCAGGUGGUUUUGAUGAACCAAAAGAGAUUGAAAAUGAACUUGGGGAUAAUAUUGAUUUUGAAAAUGAUUUAAGAACAUUGGCGAAAGGAUUUAGUUCGGGUAUAGAAUUUGAAAGUGACAAUUGCACCCCCACUAAUUACACAAAGAAUGAAAGAGAAAUUAUAGUAUCUAAAAGAGCUGAAGAAUUAAAAAUCAAUAAUGAUAAUAUUAAUUUAAUGGCUGUUAUACAUGAAGAAGGAAAUUUGCUUGGUUUAUGCUCAUCAGUUGAAGAACCAAAAAAAGAGAACAUUCAAGCUAUAGACAACAAUAUUUUUCCUAUAGAUGAUAUUCCUAUUUUAUACGAAGAGGUAAAUAUACCUAUAUUGAAAAUAUCUGAAAAACAACCAGAACUUGCCAAGACAGAAUGGGCAGAGCAGUUGGAUGUAUCUGUACCAGUGACUGACUUUGAUAGAAGAGUACCUGACCCAGCAAUUAAGUUCGAAUAUGAAUUAGAUACUUUUCAAAAACAAGCUAUUCUUAAAUUAGAGGAAAAUUGUAAUGUUUUUGUUGCUGCCCAUACAUCAGCUGGAAAGACCACUGUUGCUGAAUAUGCCAUUGCAUUGAGUCAAAAGCAUAUGACAAGAGUAAUUUAUACAUCUCCAAUAAAAGCACUGUCGAAUCAGAAAUAUCGUGAAUUUAAAAGGAAAUUUGAAAGUGUCGGAUUGUUGACAGGCGAUUUGCAAAUAAAUCAAAAUGCUUCAUGUCUAAUUAUGACAACGGAAAUCUUGCAAUCAAUGUUGUAUUGCGCAGCUGAUGUUUUACGAGAUUUAGAAUUUGUUAUUUUUGAUGAAGUACAUUACAUAAAUAAUGAAGAUAGGGGUCAUGUAUGGGAGGAAAUAGUCAUUCUUCUACCACAGAAUAUCAGUAUAGUAAUGUUAUCUGCCACUGUACCAAAUCCUAUAAUAUUUGCGGAUUGGGUAGGUCGCAUCAAGAAGCGGAAAAUGUAUGUAAUUAGCACUUUGAAAAGACCAAUACCUCUUCUACAUUACUUGUAUACUGGUACUGAUGGCAAAACUAGAGACGACAAAUUUUUAGUUCUUGAUAGCAAUAGUCUGUUCUUAUUGGACGGAUGGUACAAAGCAAAAAAUGCGUCCGAUAAAAAGAAAGAUAAAUCAAAAGAUAUCAAGAGAAAAAUUCAAAUGACUCCAAAACAGGAAGAAGUAUUAUGGAGGGCAUUUAUAAGUCAUCUUCAGAGUAAUGAUAUGUUACCUGUCGUUGUAUUUACAUUGUCAAGAAAGCGCUGUGAUAUGAAUGCUGCUACAUUGAGGAAUCUUGAUUUAACUACUGCGCGAGAAAAGCAUCAAGUGCAUGUGUUCUUCCAAUCUAACAUAAGGAAUUUGAAAGGUAGCGAUAGAGAAUUGCCGCAAGUACUUAUGAUGCAGGAACUGUUAGAGAAAGGAGUGGGUAUACAUCACAGUGGGAUAUUGCCAAUAUUGCGAGAAAUUGUAGAAAUGUUAUUCCAGAAUGGUGUCGUAAAGCUACUAUUUGCAACGGAAACUUUUGCUAUGGGAGUCAACAUGCCGGCUCGUACGGUAGUAUUUGAUUCCGUCCGAAAGUUCGACGGAAACAGCUUUCGUACUUUAUAUCCAACUGAAUAUAUUCAGAUGGCCGGUCGUGCUGGACGCAGAGGUCACGACACCACGGGAACUGUCAUAGUGAUGUGUCGGAAUGAUGUGCCGCAUUUUAACGACUUGAAACCUAUGAUGUGUGGCGAGCCGCAAACAUUGGAAUCCAAAUUCAAAGUCACGUAUUCCAUGCUUUUGAAUUUGAGAAGGGUGAACGAAUCAGUUACUGUCGAGGCAAUGAUGCGCAAGUCUUUCAAGGAAUCACCGCUAGCUUUGCAAGAAGCGACAUAUAGUAGUGAAUUAAAAAAAAUUGAGCAAGAAUUGUUACAUCUGCCGACUUUAACUGAAAUGCAGAAGAGCCUUUCGACAUUCUAUCAUGUGGCGGUUGAUUAUCUGGAGGACGUUAAAUUUCUUGGUCCCUAUUUGUUCGAAUCAAAAAAAACCUCGAAAUAUUUAACCGAAGGCAGAGUCUUACUGAUAUCGUAUGCGAAUCAUUAUAACAAGCUAGCUUUAUUGUUGCAAGUUAUACAUCAUAAGAAUUCCACUCAGUACAAAGUGUUGAUACUGAAAGACGCAAACGAAUCUAAUUCCGAAGCUGCUGAAUUUAAGAGUUUUCAAAUAUAUGAAAAAUGGUGCGAGGUUAUUGGCGUAACGAAGAAAAGGAUAUUCGUACCCAGCAAUAAUCCAUCGCAUGAGGUUGUGAUCUUGUCUUCGUGGCAUAUAUUGAAGAUAACUAAGUGCCAAAUAAAAGUCGAUCGCUGUUUGGUGCUGAAUGAUUGGGAGAAGAGGCAAAUCUCACGAUUUAAAAACGAUCCACCAGGACAGACGUGUCAAAUGGCGAUUCAAGAAUUGACUUCUCUGUCAUUUAACGCCGUCGCCAAUGCUGAAGUUCUAUGCCCAUACAUUGAAUCUUCAUUGAGAAAUGAUUUUCAACUAAGGAUACAACAUAGAGAUCAACUAAAAGCUAGUCUCGACGAUAUGAAGUGUACGGAAAUACCGAACUUCGAAGAACAGUUUAAACCUGUAUUUGAGCGAAAUCAACUUGAGGAUAAAAAACGACAGUUGCAACUUAAGCUCAGUGAUGAAGGCAUGGCGCUAUAUCCGGAUUAUCUGAAUAUGGUGACACUUCUGAAACAUUUAAGAUAUAUAGAUAACGAUGAAAGAGUUGCUCUAAAAGGAAGAGUUGCACUACAAAUGGGUAGCAACGAAUUACUAAUAACAGAGUUAAUCCUCAAGAAUGUGUUGACUGUUUUACAACCAGCAGAAAUAGCAGCGCUACUGUCAGCACUGAUCUUUCAACAACGCACAGAUUCUGAACCAAUGCUUACACCAAGCCUCACUAAUGGUUGUAAAAUAAUGAGCGAGGUGCAUGCGGAAUUGGAACAUCUAGAGCAAUACUAUCAAUUGUCAACGCUGUCAUCGUUAAAUUCCGGUCUAGUAGAAGUAGUUUACGAAUGGGCACAAGCCAAAUCGUUUGCAGAGAUUAUGAAGAUGACAGACGUUCAAGAGGGAAUUAUAGUUCGAUGCAUACAGCAGCUUGGCGAAACCUUACGAGACGUCAAAAACGCGGCUGUAACUAUAGGUGAUCCAGUUUUGAAAGAAAAAAUGGAGGAAGCUUCGACUGCGAUUAAACGCGACAUAGUUUUCGCUGCGUCUUUAUAUACUCAAGACUAUACCACUCCUUUCUUAAAUACAUGCAUUCCCAUUCCUCGAAGCAACAAGACAAUAAUCACAGAUGUGUAUGCAGGAAUACCAGAGAAUUUAUUGAUAAAUGUAGUAGGAUUUUUGCUUUUGGUUAGUUUAUUUGGCCUGUUACGUAAGAAGGCAUGGAAUUAUGGACGCCUCGCAUUGCUACACAAAUCUGAUAAUAGAUGGAUGGAGCUGUUCUACGGUGUUGAUAAAAAUAGAGAUACCGAUCCUUUAUGUGUAGAAGCUUCUGUCACUUCUCAACUCUCUCAACUGGAUAGAGGAUUUCUCUCAUGGAUUGUCACUGCUUUUAAGAUUACAGAUGAUGAAUUAUUACAACGCGCUGGUCCUGAUGGAUUGUUAUAUAUUUUGUUUGAACGUUGCUUAAUAAUAUUGACUUUCAUGAUGGUCAUUGUCUCUUUAUGUAUAGCUUUACCCAUAAAUUUUCACGGAACGAUGCAGGGAGACAGUGCAACAUUUAGUCAUACAACAUUAUCAAAUUUAGAUCCUUCAUCUUCAUGGAUUUGGGUGCACACGAUAUUGCUCUUGUGUUACCUGCCAGUUGGUGGAUUUGUUAUGAGAUAUUGUUUAAAGCAGGUGCGAGAUAUUAAACCUACAGGAGAAUUUGCAGCAAAAACAUUGUUAAUUACAGAUAUACCAAAAUAUCAAUGUACUAUUGAGAACCUCAGCGAAUAUUUUAAAGAAGCAUUUCCUACUUUAACAGUAGAGGACAUUACACUGGCUCACGAUAUAAGACGUCUUUCAAACUUGGAUGAAAAAAGAGAUUGUGCAGAGCAGGCGCGUUUAUAUUGCGAAAGUUAUGCUAAGAACAGAGAACCUUUGCAAAUGUAUCCUUAUCCAUGCGGCCAAGUAAUUGGAUAUUGUUGCAAAAAGCAAGUGGAUGCACAAGAAUUCUAUACCAAUGAAGAGAUACGGUUAACAGCAUUAGUUGAGGAAGAAAAGAAGGUGGCACUUAGUAGUCCUCUUGGAGUAGCUUUUGUAACUUUAGGAACACCUGGUGCAGCAAAAAUUAUGCGCAAACAAUUGAGGUCUUCGCUAAGUGUAAAAUGGACUGUGAAUUAUGCACCGAUGCCGUCAGAUAUAUUUUGGGAAAAUCUGAGCAUCCCCAGGCCGUGUUGGUAUCUAAACGCUGUAUUGAUAAAUUGCGCUUUGGCGACAAUAUUGUUUUUCCUUACUACACCGGCAGUUAUCGUGACCAAUGUCAAUAAAUUACCAGUUACUGGAGAAAUUAUGAAUUUGAGUCCGGUGGUCUCAUCCUUUCUGCCUACGGUGUUGUUGGUCAGUGUGGCUGCUCUAAUGCCUGUCCUAGUUGCGAAAGGCGAGUCGCUUGUAAGGCAUUGGACCAGGAGCAGUUUAAAUCGUGCUGUUAUGAGGAAAACGUUACUUCUUUUGUUACUGAUGGUGCUUAUACUACCUAGUUUAGGUUUAACCAGUGCUGAAGCAUUUUUAGAAUGGACUGUGAAUGUCCGUAAUGAAACGGCGCGAUGGGAAUGUGUAUUUUUACCAGAUCAGGGUGCUCUUUUUGUAAAUUAUGUUAUAACUGCGGCCUUGCUUGGAAGUGGAUUGGAAUUAGUCAGAUUCCCUGAACUCGCGCUGUACACUUUUAGACUUUGUGUAGCUCGCAGUCGGGCAGAAAGAAUACAUGUGAGAAAAGCAGUGUUGUGGGAAUUUCCGUUGGGAGCUCAUUAUGCAUGGUUGUUGUUAGUCUUUACUAUGACAACCGUCUACAGUUUAGCGUGUCCUUUAAUCACUCCUUUUGGUCUUCUAUAUCUUGUGGUUAAACAUUUGGUGGAUAGACAUAAUUUGUGUUUUGCUUAUGGACCGAGCAUCGGCGGUGGCCAAUUGGCCGGAGCAGCAGUUGGUGCUGCAGGAGCUGCGCCGGUUUUAGCUCAAGCUGCUCUUUUAGCUUUAGGCCUUGUACGGGGAGGUCUAUCUGCAUUAGCUGCAGUACAACUCAGUGGUCUCUGUGCAAGUAUUCUAGGCUUGGUAACCGGUGUUACGUUACCAUUAUCGAAAACUAAGAUGCAAGUACCAAAAAGGGGGGACCUCUCAGGGGGUCAAAAUUUUGUGGCACCAGUAUUGCGGAAGAAUCAGGCAUCUGUAGAAGAAACUAUAUCGACUGCUUCGAAUUCAGAAGUGAAUUUAGCAAGUCCAAGAAGUACCACUUCUUCUGUAGAAGAAAGUCCAAAGCUUUACCAAAAUUACAGUGGUGAGCAGAGAGUUUAAUCUCUGUAUUUAUAUUAUGUUUGAUACAUGCACUAAUAUAUAAAAUGCUUCAUAAUUUAUUUAAGAAAUUAUAAACAUGUUCUAAUUCUCUUAGAUAAUUGUGCAACAAGGUAAUUGUGCAAUUUAAAAAAACAAUAGCACAAAAUAAUGUACAUUCUAAAUGUUUUUUAUAUCAACAUAAGUUAGUAUAUAUUAAAAAAAACUACGAAAUAUUAAAAUCACUACCUAUUCUCAUUUAUGAUUAACUUUUAAAUCUUUAUUUUGCUUAAAAAUUUGAGAUUAAGAAAAACUUAAUUUUU